UAGAUGUUCUUUGGUUUUCGCGCAGUAGACACCGGUUUUUUGUGCCGUGGCAGGUAGCUUCGAUUUUUAUACUGUCUGAACUGUGGGCAUUAUUGCAACGUUUAAUUGGCCAAAAGUCGAUCGACCAUCGGCCGGAAAGAAGGAACAAAUAAUUUGUACACUAAGGGAAAAAAGAAGCGGCUUUCAUAAUGGUUAACAUUGUGGAUAGCGGGUCGAAGCAUGCGCCCCAGGAAAUGGAGCAAUUCCUGACCGGCGAGGAAAAAGUCAUGUACAAAAUCCAACCCCGCAAGUCGGAUACCGAGCAGGCCUUGUCUGGAAAUGACUUCGAUCCCUUCGCGUUGCGGGACAAUCCACAUCCCACAACCGAUAGUGAAACUCUCACGCAUUUGCUUAAGGCCUCCUUGGGAACCGGUAUCCUGGGCAUGCCAUUUGCUUUUAUGUGCUCUGGUCUUGUUAUGGGAAUCUUCUGCACCAUUUUCACCGCCAUUAUUUGCACGCACUGCAGUUACGUGUUGGUAAAAUGCGGACACAAGCUGUACUACAGAACUCGCCGUACCAAGAUGACCUUUGCCGAGAUUGCCGAAUCUGCGUUCCUAAAAGGACCCAAAUGGUGCCGGGGCUUCGCGCCGGUGGCCAAGUUCUCCAUCCUGUUUGGUCUGUUCCUGACGUACUUUGGCACCUGCUCGGUGUACACGGUAAUUGUCGCAUCGAACUUUCAGCAGUUGAUUGGCUACUGGACGGGAUCACCGGUGUCGCUGCGAAUGCUUAUUUGCGUAUUGCUGGUGCCCUUGAUCCUGAUUGCCUGGGUGCCAAAUCUGAAGUACCUGGCGCCCGUCUCGAUGGUGGCCAAUGUUUUCAUGGGCCUGGGACUGGGCAUUACGUUCUACUAUCUGGUCCAGGAUCUGCCAUCAGUGGAAGAACGCGAGUCCGUCGUUUUGAGCACAUUGCCGCAGUUCUUUUCGAUCACCAUCUUUGCGAUGGAGGCCAUCGGUGUGGUUAUGCCACUGGAGAACAACAUGAAGACGCCACGGAGCAUCCUCGGAAUCUGCGGUGUGCUCAGCAAGGGCAUGUCCGGCGUGACCCUUAUUUAUAUGCUGCUGGGAUUCCUUGGAUAUUUGCGUUACGGUAACGCCACCGAGGAGAGUAUCGCCCUGAAUUUGCCUAUCAAGGACUACGCAGCCCAGGCGGUGAAGGUGCUCAUUUCGCUGGCCGUAUACUGCACAUUUGGACUGCAGUUCUUUGUGUGCUUGGAGAUCCUGUGGGAUGGCAUUAAGGAGAAGUGCAAGAAGCGCCCAACAUUGGUCAAUUAUGUGCUGCGCACGGUGCUGGUUACCGCUGCCGUUGUUCUGGCCGUGGCUGUUCCUACAAUUGGCCCAUUUAUGGGUCUCAUCGGUGCCUUCUGCUUCUCCAUUCUAGGAUUGAUCUUCCCGGUUGCCAUUGAGCUGAUUGUCCAUUGGGAGGAAGGUUUUGGUAAAUACAACUGGAUCCUGUGGAAAAACGUAUUGAUCACGUUGUGCGGCAUUGGUGCCCUCGUGUUUGGCACCCAGGCAGCCAUCAAGGAUAUUGUAAAAGCCUACAGUAGUACUGAACAAGUUGGAGAAUAGAUACUUUACAACAUAGGAGAGAGGCUCCGCUUCCUAGAUAAAAUCUAACUAUUGUUAGAUGUAAAACUGCGCCCACAUUUUGUACAUUUUGUCUGUUGCUUAGUGUGUCUGUUUUUCAAUUUGCCGUUUUAGUACACCUGCGAUUAUAUAAUGUAGAAAGUAAGUUAAUUGAUAGCCAUUCAGAAGCACUUUUAGAACAGCUCUGAACGAUUCAAGCAGCAUACAAACUGAAAAAUUACUAAGUGCACUUUAAUAGUUUCCUAUUGAUUUUAAUACAAUUAGUAUGAGGCUAUAAAAGGACUUAGGUAUUAUCUGGCCCCAAACUAGCUGCACUCCUCGCAAAACCCCCACCCCUUUUCUCUGUUCUAAAAUAGUAUUACUCUAAAAGCAAGAAACCAAAACUGAAUUCAUAUUAUCAUGCCUUUCCCACUUUUACUUUGUUCCGUAGCCAUUGAUUUGCCUACACUAUUUAAAAUUUUAGCAUGUUUAGUUUGUAAGCGUAAGAAUUAAGAUUGCAAAGCCUAUUUUGCAAUCAAUCAGUUCCAAAUAUGUUGAGCUAAAUUACUCAGAGAAUACAAUUUUUAUACGAAAUCUAGCCGAGAAAUAAGUUACAUUGAAUUGCCCCGAUAUUCACUAUAUGUAAACAUAUUUUUUUGUUGUCUACACAUUUUUGUAUUUUAAUUAUAGCUAUUAAAGAGAAAUACUUAGCGAAACUAUCAAGUAAAUAAAUCAAGAAAUACAAGUUGAAA